GUGGCCUAAUGGAUAAGGCGUUUGACUUCUAAUCAAACGAUUGUGGGUUCGAGUCCCACCGGGUGUGUUCUUUUUUAAUUUUUUUACCACUUUAAACAGUAAAAAUAAUAUUACCACUUUAAACAGUAAAAAUAAUAAAAAAAAGAAUUUAUUUUAUGUUUUUGUUUUUAAUUUGGCAGCUCUCUUAUUCUCUCUCCUUAUCUGAUCUUCUUCUCCGACUUCCUGACUCGCGUCUUCUCCAUUUCCUCACCCCGAAAGAACUCUCCCCGGCGCUCUGAAAAUGGCGGCUUCUACUUCCGCGUGCUUCCGCCCUCCUCCUCUCUCGGCUUCUGCCACACUCCGUCCGGCGGAGCUCAGUUCCAGCUCCGCCAUCUCCUUCCCUUUCAACCUCUCCGCCGACGUCAGAGGAUUAGGUCUCCGUUUAACCAGCUCCCCGUCGUCUUCUCCCCUCAAGGUCGUUUGCAUGCGCGGAUCCAAAGGUGGCAAGAAAGAGAAAACGGCAAAACCCGACCCAGUUUACCGUAACCGAUUAGUUAGCAUGUUCGUUAACCGAGUCCUGAAAAAUGGGAAGAAGUCACUGGCUUAUUUCAUUAUGUACCGAGCCUUGAGAAGGGUUCAGGAAAAGACGGGGCAGAAUCCGUUGGCGGUGUUGAGGGAAGCAGUGCAAGGAGUUACUCCUGAUGUCGCUGUGAAAUCUAGGCGAGUUGGGGGUGCCACUCAACAGGUUCCUGUUGAGGUGGAUACCACUCAGGGCAAAGCGCUUGCGAUUCGUUGGUUGUUGGUGGCAGCUCGAAAGAGGCAAGGUCGGGACAUGGUGUUCAAACUAAGUAAUGAGUUGAUUGAUGCUGCCAAAGGAAGCGGUGAUGCUGUAAGGAAGAGAGAGGAGACCCAUAGAAUGGCAGAGGCCAAUAGAGCUUUCGCACAUUAUCGUUAGGCACUUGAUUCAGAGACUGGCAGAAAGCAAUUCAAUGGCUGAGCUUUCAUUUCAAUGAAGGAAAGGGAACGAGAAUGUUAGCAUUGGUUUUUGUUAUCUGUACCUGCUUUUCUUUUGGCUCUGAUUAGAGCAGUUCGGAAACACAUCUCUUGUAUCUUCCUGUAACCUUAAUUCAUAAUUCGCCUCUCCAAAUACGAUGAUAGUUCUAAGUUCAGAGUCCUCCUGCAUUCCGUCUGAGAUUGGAGAAUGCUUGAUUUUCAUUUCAUGUAUGAAGUUGAGAGUAUUGAAUGGUAAUCUCAGAAUGCUUGAUUUUCAUUUCAUGUAUGAAGUUGAGAGUAUUGAAUGUUUAGAUUGUGCAUUCGAGGAGCUCUCACGCUGUCCCUUUGCCGAAUCUGGUGCUUGUUGAUACUUAUAAAUGCUUCUUUUCAUGCUUUAUUUGAACUAUGCCAGCCUUAUACAAAAGAAAGCUCCUCUUCCAAGGAAGUUGAGCAAUCCACUGAAGCAAUGGAUGGUUACUAGAUGUUUUCAAUGACAAUGAUUAGUUUGAAUGCUUAGUUACUGGCCUGGUAGGAACAUUUGGAAUAUGCUUGUACCUUAAGGGAUCUAUCUGUAUGGCCAGAAUAGUAUUAGAUGAGCCAAAAUCUCAAGCAGAUGGUGUCUUCCUUAGAUGAGAGUUUCCUGAGAAGAAUCUUGUGGAUUUGAUUAUCUUUAGCGUUGUUUUCUGUUGCUUGCUUUGUGGUUGAUUUAAUCAAAGUUGUCAUACACAGAUUUCAGUGAACAUCUAGUCUAGUAAUCAGACAGGCUUCUUUAACCACUAUGUUUUUCGGUAUGUUCAGCAGCAGCAGUUGUUACCAAGGACUCCUGGGAGAAGUCAAUUCUGAAAAGCGAUACCCCGGUCUUAGUUGAGUUCCAUGCAAGUUGGUGUGGCCCCUGUAAAAUGGUCCACCGUGUGAUCGAUGAGCUUGCUGGGGAGUACGAAGGACGAAUCCAGUGCUUCGUGCUCAAUUCGGACAUUGCUGAGGACUAUGACAUCAAGGCUGUGCCUGUGGUUCUGCUUUUCAAGAAUGGAGAAAAGCAAGAGACUGUGGUUGGUACCAUGCCCAAGGAAUUCUAUGCUGCUGCAAUCGAGAGGGUUCUGAAGCCAUGAAUGCCUCUUUCUUUUCUCUUCUCCGUAGAGCAUAAUAGAAACUCGGAUCGACGAUUUCCUCUUGUUGUUUGUUUGUUUUUCUCUGGUUCUUGCUAUCAGGUGUGUAGUGGAAUUUUGUUUUGGCUUUGAGUUGUCUACUAGAACAUACAUAUAUAGAGCUGAUGAAACAUAUAUGCUCAUUGCUGGCUUCUGCAAAUAGGUGCAAACGGGUUUAGCUGCACCUUUGAUGUGGUUGUAAGCUUAUGACAUGUAAAUACAUUGUGCAUCCUCUU